AGACGGGUAUCGCAUUUUAGGUUUGGUGGUGUCGGUGUUGUAGUGUUAGUGUUAUUGUAUGUUUAUUGCUACAAUAAUUUGUACUUAAGGUACAGAUUAAGCAUCGGAAAUGUAUUAGUGUUGUGAUUUACAUGUUACUCAAAGCGGAUCGUCUAGGCACAGUGCUGUAACUUGGGCAGAUGAAAGACCUUUGAAUACUGGCUCAUUUAUCGUAAUGCAAGUCGUGUGUAACCUAGUCAAGCCGCAUGCGACCAGGAGCCGCGAGCGAUGAUAGUGGUUGUGAUGUUCACGAAAGAGUUGUGUAUUUUACAAGAUUAAAUAUUGCGUGUACAUUUUAUGUGAUCACAAAUCUACUGACUUGAGAGCGAGAGAGCGAACGAUGGAAGAUAUUUUUUCACUUUGCCGAGAAGGCAACGCGUUUCAUGUGCGUGUUUGGUUAGACAACCCGGAAAACGACCUGAAUCAAGGAGACCACCAUGGCUUCAGUCCGCUGCACUGGGCGUCGAGGGAGGGACGCACGAACAUCGUCGACAUGCUCAUCCUGCGCGGCGCUCGCAUCAACGCGACGAACAUGGGAGACGACACAGCACUGCAUCUCGCCUCCAGCCACGGUCACAGAGAGAUCAUGCUCAUGUUGUUGAACAACAAGGCGGACAUCAAUGCUAUUAACGAGCAUGGCAACACGCCCUUGCACUACGCAUGCUUCUGGGGUCAGGACCAGGUCGCCGAGGACCUGGUCGCCAAUGGCUCCCUGGUGUCUCUGCAAAACAAGUAUGGCGAGACACCGCUGGAUAAGUCUCGCUACCCGCUGGCCAAGCGGUUACAAGACAAGGCAACGCAGAUGGGUCAGGAAUUGAAUAAGAUUCCCUACAAGGACCAGUCGUGGCGCGGCUACAAGACGCGCAGCCGCGACGCCACGCUGUCACGCUACUCCGGAAUCGACAUCAACCAGCUAAACCUACAAGUUCGCAUCGCAAGCAGCCACUCUGGAGACCUGUGGCGAGGGACCUGGCAGAGCAAUGACAUUGUCGCCCGCGUGCUCAACAUACGUGAGGUCACGCAGAGAAUCUCACGCGACUUCGCCGAGGAGUAUCCCAGACUCAGGGUUUUCUCGCACCCGAACGUGCUUCCAGUGCUGGGCUGCAGCAACCAACCGCCGAACCUGGUGUGCAUCAGCCAGUACCAGCCGUACGGCUCCCUCUACAAUCUGCUGCACGAGUCCACGAGUGUGGUGGUGGACCACGCGCAGGCGUUGAAGUUUGCGGUGGACCUUGCGCGUGGCAUGGCAUACUUGCACACGCUGGAACCUCUGAUUCCGCACUACUAUCUCUCCAGUAAACACAUCAUGAUUGACGAGGACCUGACGGCGCGAGUGAACAUGGCCGACGCCAAGUUCACCUUCCAGGAGCGCGGCAAGCUGUACUCGCCGGCGUGGAUGGCUCCCGAGGCUCUGCAGAAGAAGCAGGACGACAUCAACGUGCGCGCCUCUGACAUGUGGAGCUUCGCGAUCCUGCUCUGGGAGCUGGCAACGCGCGAGGUGCCUUUCUCAGACAUGAGUCCGAUGGAGAUCGGAAUGAAGAUUGCCCUUGAGGGCCUGCGCAUCACCAUACCGCCCGGCAUAUCUCCUCACAUGUCGAAGCUGGUGCGUAUAUGCAUGAACGAGGAUCCGGGAAAGCGUCCGAACUUCGACAUGAUACUGCCGAUUCUGGAGAAGAUGAAACACUGAGGCGUGCGUUGAGGAUAGGUGGCGCCACACAUGCACAACGUAUUUGCGUCGCUCUGCCGUGGACUUCACCAGGAGGUGAUGGAGUCAUGGCAGGAGGUGGUGGAGUCAUGGCAGGAGGUGGUGGAGUCAUGGCAGGAGGUGGUGGAGUCAUGGCAGGAGGUGGUGGAGUCAUGGCAGGAGGUGGCCGUUUAGAGAGUACUUAAAAAAGCAACUAUGCAGACUGAUUUGGAGUGAUUCGCGUGAAUAGUUGAUGAUGCCUUAUUACGCAAAGGAGGUAGCCUGUGCCCAGGUGAGCUCGAGAUUGUAACUAUGCUUGCGGUUGGACUGUCGAAAAAUCGUUUGUCGAAUACGCGUUAUGUAACGGAAUGAACAGCUAAGCAGCAUCAGGGCACCGUGUCGAUUUUCAUCAGGUCUCUUGGGGACAGCGUACGUGAGUACCAGUUAAUACCAGUGAGCAUUUACCGUGCAUCUUGCAUGGCGGUUCAAGUAGCUGGUGAAAGACAACGUGCAAUUUGCCCGCUAGCCAGCUUUGCUAUAAAUCCGAGAAUAAUCGUCUGCCGUUAUUGUGAGAAUUUCUGUAUUUAGUCGUGAAGGUCUCCCCUCUGAUUUUGAAGAGGUGCUGUUUGCUCUGCCCAUACGAGAAUAUUUCUUUUAAGGUUGGUAACCGACUGCGAUCGUUAGUUGUUAGGCUACGCAAUUUUCUUAGCCAGCGUUGCGUUUAAAAUUUGCCGUAUGUGCGUAGUAGCUGUAGCAGAAGUGGAUUCCCAAAAAAUGUCAGUGUAGGGUUGAAACCACCGAAGUGUAUAGGAUCAUGUGCAAGCGCUCGGCCAAUGACGGUGUGGUUGUACGCAAUGACGUUCACUUGUUAUUUAUUCAUGGGACAUCUAUAUUUUUGUAACAUUAGCCAUAAGCAUGCUCGUAUCUUCAUCAUGCCUUGCUUACUGUUUUGGUGAAUUAUUUUAUAUAAUACGUGCAGGGCGGGUGAAUCGCAUACGAUAAACGUGGGGUAAUUGUGGUCCUUAUUGGAAUUCACUUGGGGUGGUGCCCUUAAUCAGCUAAAAAACAAUUGAUUGCUGGCUUUACUUAGAAUAGGUAGACUUAAUUCCUUGCCCUCCUUGCACUAAAUUUCACAACACGAUUUGUCAUUGUCGUGUGUUAUAUUUUAGUGUACUUGUAUAAAGAAUGCUAGCUAUUCUGUUGCCUUCACCUCGGCCACUGUAGAUCCAUUGCCAGUCCUAGUAGUUAUUAAUAUAGCUUCUCCACUCAGGUAAAAAAAAUGACGGAAAGGGGAAAGAAGAUUUGGUGCUUUUCAACUUUUUAAAAGCUUUUGCAAAUUUGUGUUUUAUGAGUUAAGCUCGUGGAAUUUUUCCUAGAUGGGAAUUGAGCUGCAUACGUACAUAUAACUGUGUAAUAUUAUUAAUAAUAUUUUGCUAAAUGAUAUUAGUCAGUUCAAUCGAGGCUACAUUGGGCUUUGUUUGAAUAUAAUGUUAAUGGCAACAGCCACGUUAGUUUAAAUACGAAAUCAAAAAUAGCGUUUAAUGAUUAUGACAAAGUUCUGUCAGUGUAAUAAAAGUGUAAUUGUACGGUCUCAUAAAUUCAUUUACACGAUAAUGGUGUAUCAUUCUUGUCUGACUUGGCUGUCUUGCUAAGCAGUAAAUGCUGCAACUAAUGAAUACUUGCAGCAAAAAAAUAAUGAUAAAAUAUACACACAAACAAUCCGUCAUGUGUAUCAUUUGACAAUAGUAAUUAAAGAUAAAUAUGUGAAUUAAGAUAAUAGUAAGUCUAAUCAUGAUUCGGAAAUUUAUGGUAUACUGUGCAACGUUUACUGUACUUUUGUUUAUGCCUAGAGGAGUAACGAAAUUUGUAAACUAGAAAAAUAAUAAAUAUGUGUUUUUAACGGA